CCGCCCCCUGCCCCCGCUGGCCGGGGAGUGGAAGGCCAAAGACGGAGAGGAGGGCGCUCGCUGCUGCUCCCCGCCAAAGCGCAGGCUCGGCCUGCCUUGUCCAGUGGGACGGCAAAGGGUCACUCUAAAACUUGCUGCAGCCGGGUCUUGUUAGGUGGCUGCUGGUGGCUCCCCACCGGAUUUUCCUUCUCCCUCUCUCUGUCUUCACAGAUCCGUUCCCAAAAGGAGUCUCCUGCUAAAACUUCAUCAUCUCAAGUUGAGCUGCCACUUCACCCAGGAGGCAAGCUCUUGCCUGUGACAGUGUAUUUGCCAACAUGGCACCCAAAAAGAAGAUUGUCAAAAAGAACAAAGGCGAUAUCAAUGAGAUGACUAUAAUCCUAGAAGAUAGCCCCCUAAACAAACUGAAUGCUUUGAAUGGGCUACUAGAGGGAGGCAAUGGCCUUAGCUGCAUUUCUUCUGAACUAACAGAUGCGUGUUAUGGCCCCAACCUAUUGGAAGGUUUAAGUAAAAUGCGACAAGAGAACUUCCUAUGUGACUUAGUCAUUGGUACCAAAACCAAAUCCUUUGAUGUUCAUAAGUCAGUGAUGGCUUCAUGCAGUGAGUACUUUUACAACAUCCUAAAAAAAGACCCGUCAACUCAGAGGGUGGAUCUCAAUGAUAUCUCACCGCUAGGCCUGGCCACUGUCAUUGCGUAUGCCUACACUGGAAAGCUCACUCUCUCCUUGUAUACAAUAGGAAGCAUUAUUUCUGCUGCUGUUUACCUUCAGAUCCACACUCUUGUAAAGAUGUGCAGUGAUUUUCUGAUACGGGAGAUGAGUGUUGAGAAUUGCAUGUAUGUAGUUAAUAUUGCUGAAACAUACUCCCUGAAAAAUGCAAAAGCAGCAGCACAGAAAUUUAUUCGGGAUAACUUCCUUGAAUUUGCAGAAUCAGAUCAGUUUAUGAAACUUACAUUUGAACAAAUUAAUGAACUUCUUAUAGAUGAUGACUUACAGUUGCCUUCUGAGAUAGUAGCAUUCCAGAUUGCAAUGAAAUGGCUAGAAUUUGACCAAAAGAGAGUAAAAUAUGCUGCAGAUCUUUUGAGCAAUAUUCGCUUUGGUACCAUCUCCGCACAAGACCUGGUCAAUUAUGUGCAGUCUGUACCAAGAAUGAUGCAAGAUGCUGAUUGUCACAAACUUCUCGUAGAUGCUAUGAACUACCACUUGCUUCCAUAUCAUCAGAACACAUUGCAAUCCAGGCGAACAAGAAUCCGAGGUGGCUGCCGAGUCCUCGUCACUGUUGGGGGACGUCCAGGCCUUACAGAGAAGUCCCUUAGCAGAGACAUCUUGUAUAGAGACCCUGAAAAUGGAUGGAGCAAGCUUACGGAAAUGCCAUCCAAAAGUUUUAAUCAGUGUGUGGCUGUGAUGGAUGGAUUUCUUUAUGUAGCCGGUGGUGAAGACCAGAAUGACGCAAGAAAUCAAGCCAAGCAUGCAGUCAGCAAUUUCUGCAGAUACGAUCCCCGCUUCAACACCUGGAUACACCUGGCCAGCAUGAACCAGAAGCGCACGCACUUCAGCCUGAGCGUGUUCAACGGGCUCCUGUACGCCGCGGGCGGCCGCAACGCAGAAGGCAGCCUGGCCUCGCUGGAGUGCUACGUGCCCUCCACCAAUCAGUGGCAGCCCAAGACGCCCCUGGAGGUGGCGCGCUGCUGCCACGCGGGCGCGGUCGCCGACGGCCGCGUGCUAGUGACCGGCGGCUACAUCGCCAACGCCUACUCGCGCUCCGUGUGCGCCUACGACCCGGCCAGCGACUCGUGGCAGGAGCUGCCGAGCCUGAGCACACCCCGGGGCUGGCACUGCGCGAUCACGCUGGGCGACAGAGUGUACGUGAUGGGCGGCAGCCAGGUAGGGCCGCGCGGGGAGCGCGUGGACGUGCUGACAGUGGAGUGCUACAGCCCCGCGACCGGCCAGUGGAGCUACGCGGCGCCGCUGCAGGUGGGGGUGAGCACGGCGGGAGCCUCGGCGCUGCACGGCCGCGCCUACCUGGUGGGGGGCUGGAACGAGGGCGAGAAGAAGUACAAGAAGUGCAUCCAGUGCUUCAGCCCCGAGCUCAACGAGUGGACGGAGGACGACGAGCUACCCGAGGCCACCGUCGGCGUGUCCUGCUGCACCCUCUCGAUGCCCAACAGCGUGACUCGGGAAUCCCGGGCCAGUUCGGUGUCUUCCGUGCCAGUCAGUAUCUGAGCCCAGGUAGCUGCGGGGACGCCGGAAGAACACGUUAUUUAUUUAUAGAGCCACGUGGUUAACCUUUGAGUUCGCGAAAAGGAAAAUAUUUAACAUUUACUACACUGAUUGUAUGGUAAAAUAUGUCAAGGCACAUGUCUUGAUGGCUUUAAAUUCCUGAUAUGGCAUAAUCUACCUCUGUGUCUUCUUUUUUUUUUUUUUCUUAGCAAAAUCCAGGGCCAUAGCCAACAAAACAAAUUUAUUUCAGUGGCCACUGGGUGGCAGACGGAAUUCGUUACAGGCACUCUUCCAAGGCGGCAUGUUUCCUGAAAGUAUAGCGGUUACACCCACAUUUGAGAUUUUUUUCCUCUACACGUUAGUACACUUGAGGUUUAUGUGAGUGAUUUCAUGUUCAAAAGUUUAUUUUUCUCUCUCUCCUUUUUUCUUUACGAAAUUGAAGAUAUUCGUAUAGAUUUGUUUUAUUUAAAAAUGAAAAUCAUCGAUAUCCGUAAAGACUUAAGAUUUAAUUCUGUAUUUCAACGCAAUUCCCCCCCCCAUACUUGAUUGAGUAGAGGAUUUUGAAAGAUAUCCCAUGACAACGUAAUAAAGCUUAAAACAAAAUCUGACUGAAAAGGAAUAAGGAUUCCCCCCAGGGACUGUAAAGUUAAUAACCUUUGUGUUAGCCAGCAUUCCUCUUCUUCCAUACCUCAGGCCCCAGUGUAUUUUCUGCCAUAAUCCUGCUUUCAAUGAAGGAAUCGAUAUUAGUCAUUUAAUUUAUAGUGUAAAUUUAAGUCAUUUGGUUGUUUCAACUGGAAGGAUUUGCAUUUUAUCCCUUGUCCUCUUUUAAAGAAGAAUUUCAAGUACCCUGGGAGCCUUACCCUCACCCUAAAGGCUGCACCAACCUGUUGAAAGGCAACCUUGGCCCUAAUGUAUGCCCUGGGAAGAUCACCAAAUAAAACUAUGUCCCUAAGGACCAUUAGCCUGAAGCUUAGAUAGCCUGAAGUUUAUACUACCAAGAACAAUAAUUCGAUUUGCCCCCAUCUUUUAUGUGACAGUAAUGAAAGAAAUAUUUGGAAUUCGUAGAUUUGGCAGAAACUGGAUGAAUGGGUUCUCCUGUUAGUAAAUGCCAUCAUUUCCCAUUUCAUAUGGAUCUUCCUGAUUUCUUAAGUAAAAAUCAAAUAUGCAUCUCACAUAUAUAAAAAUAUAUGCUAAUUCUGCCCUAUUUUUAUUAAUCUCAUCUGCUCAAAAUUAGCUUUAUAAACCAAAGUGUAUCCACUUGAUAGCAUUUUUCUUACAUGUUUGCCAAGUUUUGCAGAAAGGGAAUGACUGUAGUAAAUGAUAUAUAUUUUCCUUUCUUAUAAUUUAUCACUUCAUUCGUUGACUGUUUUGGAGAGGAAGUGGCCUAUCCUGGGUUAUGUGCAAUUGGAUUUUGAAAAAUAAAACAAGCUAUUUAGAAAUUGAACAUGAGAUAUAUGGAAAUAACAUUUGGUUUUCAUUAAUCUCACCCUCUCCACCUUGUGUAGAUAGGUUAUUGCUAGAGUUAUGAUAUUUAUUUCUAAAAUAUUUUAUUUGAACUGUGAAAAGUGGUUCAUAUAGUACCCUUUGUGGAACAAUUUUAUAUCAUUGCCCCUUAUGAAAAGUUUAAUCUCUGAGUAUUUAAUGGUAACACUCAAGUAAGGGCUACAAAUGCUGUAAAUUAAGAACAAGACAUUACUAAUGUAAAAACACUGGGCUGUUUCUUAUCCCACACAAAGAAUCUUUUACCUUGCUAUAUGUGGAUGUAGUAUAUUACCUUGGUGUAUGUAUACGUGUGUAUAUACACACACUUAUACAACUGAGAAGCAUAUAGUGUAUGGCUAAUUUUUAGAGAAAAAGGUGUCUCAUUGUGGGUUAUACAUCAUAAGUGGGCAAAUAGACAUAAUUCCUUGAUGCAUACUAAUAGAUGUGUUCUCAUUGAUGUUUUAGAAGUAUUAUAUGAAGAGGAGGACCUAGGGCUUGAAAUAAAUGAGAAUCAACCAAUUGUAACAUUACAUGAUGGAAUACUGAGAAGAGAUACUGAGACUACAGGGUUUUUCUUCUGUCAAAGCUUGAUAAAAUAGGUUGUGCAAAAACAUGGCAAUGGCUUUCUAGGGAUGAAACCGGAGACAUGUUAGAGCUGGACAAAUCAUUUGAAAUUAUAAUUUAUUUUCUGAAGUGUUUAAAGACUCAGAAAACCACGUAUUUGAGCUUACCAGAUUCCUGGAUGCAUUGCUGUUCUAUCUUCUGCUUCAACAGUUAGGAAAAUAAAGACCAAUAUGAAUUCGGAAUGUCAGAAUCUCUGACAUAAUACAAUGGUGAGGAGUAUGCAUCAUAAGGGUUGGUGAAAGCUCCGUAUCCUAGAACAUCUUGCAUUGCCAACUGAAAUAGAUAAAAGUAUGCAGAAUCAAAAUAAUGUGUGUCCUUUUUCAUGUGUCAGGGAAACAUAUUCGAUAAACCAACUAUUGAAGCAGUUGCUCCUAGAAACCUUGUUUCUCCAGAUUUCCCAAGCAGAAAACUUUUAGUAUGUUUUAAGCGUAUAUUCAAUUACACUCCCAAGUCUUAGGAUCCAAGCAUAUACUUCCUUUUUUUUUUUUUUUUGUUAAAGAAAAGGACUUGUUAUUUUUGUAAUGUCUGAGUCCUGUAAUCAAAUAAAGUAUCAGUUCAAUGUAUCAGAGAAAUAGCAUGUAACCCAGCAGCUGAAAUAAUAAAAUUCAAGCUCUCCUUUUCUGAAUGGGCCAGAAACCUGCUGAGAAAGUCUCUAGGAAGCCAAACUUUAACAUAGUUUGUCCAUUUUUAGUUAGGUUCUUGGUGCCAAGUUGUCAUCCCUGAUGCACUGGCUGCUUUCAGUGCGCUGAAUGAACUUUAUUUUUACUUCCUAUGUUGUAAGAAUGGUUUUGAAUAGAAGGUGAGUGAUGGUACAGAUUCAUAUAAUUUUAAAACAUGAUUAGAUGGUAGUGGAGUGUUAUGAGUGUAAUUGAGUACUCACUCAUAAGGAAGUGAGUACUGAAUGGUUGUAUGAUUUAACGUAGAGCAGCAGUUACAGUAAGUGUAUUUUACAACAUGCAUGGAAAUAGAGGUUUAGCAGGAAAUAUGCACAUGCUAAAAGGUCAAUUUUUUGUUUUAUUUUUUUGCUGGUUAUCCUGGCCAAGUCUCUUCAGAAUUCAUCCAAUUUACUAGAUGAAAAAAACUCAAAUUACCUCAUUAAUUUUUUCCCUUAGUUACAACCAAAUGAAUUUAUGUAAUCUCUCAAUGAGUUAGAUCCCUAUUCCAGCCACUGAUGAAUAUGUUCUCCAGCAAAGGCAGCAUUAAAAGGAAUUACUUUUCAGUAUUUCUUUUCAUGUCAAUAAAACCUACAGAAUAAUUUUCCAGAGUCCUCUCUCUAUUGCUAAUUUUGAGAACUAAACUCUCUAAAAUAAUAAAGAUUUACCCUCCAGCACAAUUCAUUGGGUAAAGACCAUUUAAUUUGCCCUCUCAGGGAAUUUGAAAUAAAUUACUUCUCUUGGAUAUUCUUUAAAAACUUUUUAUUUAUUCAGCAAAUUUUGGCAAAAAAGUUUCUUUGUUUGCUUAAAACAUUCUGGUACUAUAUAAGGAGCAACAAACUAAAAUGUAUGUAGUGUUAUUUUGUAAUCUCAUCACUCUCAGUAAAGCUGUAUUCAGUAAGAGCUUAGUCAAUGACUAAA